GGCCACAGUACAAAUACCAACGUCACCCCUUCUGAAAUUCUUUUCCGCGCUGAACUCAGCAGUUGAAAUGUGGAGGUCCUAUUGUUUGCUUCAAAAAAGGAUUAUGAUGUACAACACGCGUGAUCCUGGAUGACUAAUGUAUCUGCCUAAUGGUUUACAAUCAGAGUAACUUCUUGCUGACCCUGAGAAACCGGGAGAUUGCUCAAUCCUGGUUUGCCUCCAGCGGGAACGCCAUGGUCUGAACUUCCAGCCAUAAUGAUCAAGGAACCAUUGAUGGUGGUAUGCCUGAAGUUGGGGUCACAUGGGUGGAACCUUUAGUGUGACUCCUCGUACCAGUUGCUGGCAUGGUGAGAUGGGAGUGUGACUGAUCCUGGUUCUCGAUGUAAAAAUUGUGACAAGAUGAACUCAAAGUUCCAAGGGGGUGUUGGAAGAUGAGGUGAAUAUGCAGUAAAUUCCCUCGCCACGUGAGAAUCAACUGAGUGGGUAUGUUAUUUUACGCAUGCAGAGUAUUUUCCAUUAUAUGCCACUGGCUUACUGAUUCAGUAUCUUACCCUUUACACGAGGGGUAUAUUUCAAUGGGUUGGUCUGCAUUCUUCCCUAAAAUAUUCAUACAUUUACUGUGCCCAUUUCAAGAUCAGCUUGAAAUGGACACAGUAAUUGACUGCAACCAAAACCCCAUAUUAGGUUUCGCUUGCUUGAUGGACCUGUCAAUAUAGUUGUAUCAAUGUUAGCUGGCUAAUGUUAACUUGCUGAUCCUGCUUUGUAGUAUGCCCCUCUGGUCUGUGAGUUAUAGUUAUAUUGUGGGGUUAGAAAAUGAUGAUUCAAUUCUUGAACUCUCUCCCUGAGAUCUUGAUGACAAGAAAGGAUACUGAUCUCUCCCCAAUGAUUCCUAGUGUUUCAGCCUACCAGUGACUAUUUGGCUCACUUGUGUUUUCUUCCCUCCGGUGUUUGGUCAGGAGGGUGUGCAGGACCUGUCAUUUACCACUGACCUACAGUUGUCCUGAAGAAAGCAGUGCAUCACCGGCUUGAAUUUAUAAUUCAGCAAUUUGUUUGGAGACAUGAUGGGGGGGGGGGGGGGGACUUCAUUAAACUGUACAUGUGUUCUAAUUUUAGCUUGGUAAAUAAAACUAGUAAGUGUGUAACUUCAUUGUCCAGAACCAAUAAAGGAAUUUGUACAGAAUUUGUGAUAUUUUUUUUUAAAUAUUUGCUACAUUAACUAUUAGAUGUGGGUGUUUUUUUCCCACCUUUUAUUUAACCAGGUAGGCAAGUUGAGAACAAGUUCCCAUUUACAAUUGCGACCUGGCCAAGAUGAGGCAAAGCAGUUCGACACGUACAACAACAGUUACACAUGGCGUAAAACAAACACAGUAUAAAGUGACUUGAAGAUGGUUCCUAUAUAUUCAUGGUGGGUGCGGUUUGAUGCUACCAAUUUGAGGUUCUGGCAAAUUUGUGUUGCUGGUUUCUUGGCUACAGUAUGGUACAUUAGCUGUACCACAGCAUCCAAAGUCUCAGCUUCCCUGUCAACCAAUGAAAAUCGGACAUUUGUUCAGGGUGGACUGAUUGGCCAGGCGGACAGGGAGUGGGGAAACUGCGUUUAGCAGGGUGGUCAACUAUCAUUUAACAUUUAGCAAGCCACGUCAUGCGAGGGUCGAUGCUAUUCAGUGCACUGAUUGCACUAGCCAGUGCCGAACCAUCGCUGUAUUUUAAAGAGCAGUUUGAAGAUGGGGAUUCUUGGACUACCCGGUGGGUUGAAUCCAGCCAUAGGUCUGACUACGGGGAAUUUGUCCUGACACCUGGGAAAUUCUAUGGAGAUCCAGAGAAAGACAAAGGUCUCCAGACCAGCCAGGAUGCCCGCUUCUACUCUUCUUCUGCUCGAUUUGAGCCCUUCAGCAACCAGGGCAAGACCCUGGUGAUCCAGUUCACUGUGAAGCACGAGCAGAACAUCGACUGUGGGGGAGGCUACAUCAAACUAUUCCCCGCUGACCUUGAUCAGGCAGACAUGCAUGGAGACUCCAAAUACAACAUCAUGUUCGGUCCAGACAUCUGUGGCCCAGGCACCAAGAAAGUUCAUGUCAUUAUCAACUACAAGGGCAAGAAUCAUCUCAUCAACAAGGACAUCAGGUGCAAGGAUGAUGAGUACACUCAUCUGUACACUCUGAUCCUGAACCCUGACAAUACGUACGAGGUGAAGAUUGACAACAAGAAAGUGGAGUCUGGAAGUCUGGAGGAGGACUGGGAUAUUCUGCCUCCUAAGAAGGUCAAGGACCCAGAGGCUGUGAAGCCAGACGACUGGGACGAGAGGGAGAGGGUGGAGGACCCAGAGGAUAAGAAACCAGAGGACUGGGAUAGGCCAGAGAACAUUGCUGACCCGGACGCUAAGAAGCCUGAGGAUUGGGACAAUGAGAUGGACGGUGAAUGGGAGCCACCCAUGGUCUCCAACCCUGACUAUAAGGGCGAAUGGAAACCCCGCAAGAUCGACAACCCUGACUACAAGGGCAAAUGGGUGCAUCCUGAGAUUGACAAUCCAGAAUACAGCGCAGACUCUGAAAUAUACAGAUUCGACAGCAUCGGCGUCAUUGGCCUGGACCUGUGGCAGGUAAAAUCUGGGACCAUCUUCGAUAACUUCCUGAUCACUGACGACACUACGCUGGCAGAAGAGGUUGGCAAUGAGACCUGGGGUCAGACUAAGGAUCCAGAGAAAAAGAUGAAGGUGUCCCAGGAGGAACAGGAGAGGAAGAAACUAGAGGCGGAAGAGAUGGGGAGGAAAGAGCAGACAAAAGACGAGCCUGAAGACGAGGAGGAAGAAGAGAAGGAGGAAGAGUUAGAGGACCGUGAAGAAGAAGAAGAAGAAGAAGAAGAGACUGGAGCAGAGGAAGAAGAGGAGGAAACAGACUCUAUAAAGGAUGAACUUUAGAGGACUGACUUUCUCAUUGGGGUGAAUCUUCCGUUGAGCCUGGGGAGGGAUUAUGCGUCAUUUCUCUUUACCAUCCAGUCAGUCAGGCCUCAAAGUAAUGUUGAGAGAAGGGGCGGUGAAGAAGUCAUUUAGAUUUUACUGCAAAAUCUGUGACAUUUUUUAUUUUAUGUUUUUUAUUUAACUUAUUAGAUUUUGACUCACUGGUUUACCGCCUUAUUAAUUAAGGCAGUGAACCAGUGUGUCAAAACUAACCUAUUUCUUGUAAGUAUGCAUUUAAUUGUCUGUUUCUCCACCAAAUAUCACAGAUGAAGUCUAAUUGAUUGAAGCUUGUGUGUUUUUGUUUUCUUAAUUCACAUUGAGUGAAUAUGUACUCCAUGUAAAUCCUACUCAACCUUGACAUGCAUAGCGAUAGUUUCCCAUUCAUUCAAUGUCCAUUUGCUAACUAAAUGCAGUCACAUACUGACAUACUAUUAGGUAGAAGUAUCAUCUAUAACCUCACCAAGGCCAAAUUCAUUCACCAACCUCUAAUUCAAUUGACAUUCAGCCAUGAACUACUGUAGCCAAGUCAGACGUUUACUCCAUUGUGAGUUUUCACUGUUGUAUUUUGUCUUGCACAGUAACCGCAUACUUCCUAAUGUAGCCUAUUGCAUUUGUUCCCCCUUAUUGUUUUUGUAGAUAUUUGGAAUCUUAUUUGGGAAAUUAUGACGAUUACAGAUAUUGUUGUGCAAAAAUACUGUACAGUAGUAAAAAAAAAAAAAAA